AUGGAAAGAAAUCUGUUAUUCUCUGAAGGGAGAGGUAUUUGCAGAAUCCAGAAAAUGAUGAGUGAUGCAAGUGAGAUGCUGGCUGCCGCUUUGGAACAGAUGGAUGGCAUUAUUGCAGGUUCCAAGGCUCUGGAAUAUUCGAAUGGCAUAUUUGACUGCCAGUCCCCGACUUCUCCAUUCAUGGGUAGCCUGCGAGCGCUGCAUCUCGUGGAGGAUUUGCGUGGCUUACUGGAGAUGAUGGAAGCGGAUGAAAAAGAAGGAUUGCGGUGUCAAGUCCCAGAUUCGACAGCAGAGAUGUUGAUGGAAUGGUUGCAGAGCCAAAUGACCAACGGACAUAUAUCCACAAAUGGAGAUGUGUAUCAAGAGCGGCUUGGACGUUUGGAAAAUGACAAGGAAUCUCUUGUACUUCAAGUGAGUGUCCUUACUGACCAGGUGGAUGCUCAAGGAGAAAAGAUAAGAGAUCUGGAGCUCUGCCUAGAAGAACACAGAGAGAAGCUGAAUGCCACAGAAGAAAUGCUGCAGCAGGAGCUCUUAAGCAGAACAUCCCUUGAAACUCAAAAGCUGGACCUUAUGACAGAAGUUUCCAACUUGAAGCUCAAGCUGACAGCUGUGGAAAAGGAUCGACUUGAUUAUGAAGACAGAUACAGAGACACAGAGGGCUUGAUGCAAGAAAUUAAUGAAUUGCGACUAAAAGUAGGAGAAAUGGACAGUGAGAGACUUCAGUAUGAGAAAAAGCUUAAAUCUACCAAAGAAGAACUGGCAUCAUUAAAAGAUAAAUUAGAACAGAAGGAAGCUGAGAUAAAACAGUUGCAAGGGAGACUGUCUCACCAGGUGAAAGGAGAUGGGGUGGACAUAAAUGACAGAGAUGAAAAUUGUAAAAAGAAGCUCAAAGACAAAAAUAUUGAGGUGCAGAAAAUGAAGAAAGCUGUAGAAUCUCUAAUGGCAGCAAAUGAAGAAAAGGAUCGGAAGAUUGAGGAGCUUCGACAGUCUCUCAAUCGAUAUAAGAAAGUACAGGACAUGGUGAUACUGGCUCAGGUCAAAAAAGGAAAGGAUGAUGAAUGUGAGGAGUCUACAAACUCAGGAUCUCUUUCAAUGACUUUGUCAGAUGAACAGAUUCUAAAUGAAUCUGAGAAAAGUCCAUCCUCUACACCAGGAGAAGGCUCUCCAAACCAUGAAGAGUUUGGAACACAAACCCCUGAAAAGAAUUCACCACAGAUCCACACUAGUGUCUUGCAAGUUCCCAUUCCUUCUUUUUCACCAGCAUCGAGACGUUCAACAGAAUCAACUGAUAAAGUUACUGCAAGUGAUGCCAGUGAAAAACACACACUGAUGGCGUCUAUGGAAACACAGCUAGGCGACACAAAAUUAACUUCAGCUCUGCAAAAAUCCAGCAGUCUUGGAAACUUGAAGAAAGAAGUCUCUGAUCAGGACAAAGAGUCUGUGCAGAAGCAGGAAGAGAGCAAAGCAUCGAUGGAGAGUAGCAAAUAUGGAACCCUCCCUCCCAAAUCCCCAUGCGAAGAAGAUGCCUUUGGGACUCGGAAAGGCCGGUCUUCGUUUGGGCGAGGCUUUUUCAAGAUCAAAAGCAGCAAAAGGACAGCAAGUGCACCUAACUUGGAUCGCAGUCGAAGUGCAAGUGCACCCACCUUAGCUGAGACAGAAAAAGGAUUUGCAGACCACCUCGAUUUGGCUGGCUUGCCGCCUCGACCAAAAGGUACAGCAGAUGGGCCUCUGACUCCACCUUCUCCUGACUCCAAAAGAAAGCAAGAGGAAUCAAGAAGUUGUUGGAAGAAUGGCUUUCCCUUAUCUUGGCCUUUGCUUAGACUCAGGAGAAGCCAGUCUACCACGUUUAAUCCAGAAGACAUGACAGAGACUGAGUUCAAAAGGGGAGGAAUAAGAGCAACAGCAGGACCAAGAUUAGGCUGGUCGAGAGAUCUUGGACAAACAAAUAAUGAAUUGGACAUGCCAUUUGCUAAAUGGACAAAGGAGCAAGUUUGCAACUGGCUUCAUGAACAGGGCUUGGGUUCCUACAUAGGUCAUGGCAAACACUGGAUACUUUCUGGACAGACUCUGUUGCAAGCGUCUCAGACUGAUUUAGAGAAGGAACUUGGAAUAAAGCAUCCAUUGCACCGGAAAAAACUUCAGCUCGCUCUUCAGGCAUUAGGAUCAGAAGAAUGAGAACACCAUGGAAAACUGGAUUACAACUGGGUUACAAGGUGGUUGGAUGAUAUUGGAUUACCCCAAUAUAAGACCCAGUUUGAUGAAGGAAAAGUUGAUGGCCGAAUGCUUCAUUAUAUGACUAUCGAUGACUUACUGUCUUUGAAAGUUGUGAGUGUCCUCCACCACCUUAGCAUCAAACGUGCCAUUCAAGUUCUAAGAAUAAAUAACUUUGAACCCAACUGUCUGCGCAGGAGACCAUCGGAUGAGAAUAACAUCACACCGUCAGAGGUUUCACAGUGGACCAAUCAUCGGGUGAUGGAGUGGUUGCGGUCAGUUGACCUCGCAGAAUAUGCUCCUAAUUUGAGAGGGAGUGGCGUUCAUGGAGGGCUAAUGGUUUUGGAACCUCGUUUCAAUGUGGAGACCAUGGCUCAGCUGCUGAACAUCCCACCCAACAAGACCCUCCUGAGGCGGCACUUGGCCACCCAUUUUAAUUUGCUGAUUGGUCAAGAGGCCCAGCAGCAAAAGCGGGAAGCCAUGGAAUCUCCGGAUUAUGUCCUUUUAACAGCUACAGCCAAAGUGAAGGUACGGCCAGAGCCUUGGAAAACUUGCUUUAGUAAUUUUGGAAAUUUAAGGAAGAAGAAGCAGGAAGAUGGGGAAGAAUAUGUUUGUUCAAUGGAUUUGGGACAGGCAUCCGGAAUGGGAUCAAAGAAGGUGAAACCUGCUUAGAUAUCCGAUGUUGAUGAGGAUGAUCUGGACAGACUGAUGGAAGAUUCAGAAGGUACCGUGAGGCAAAUAGCAUUUUCUGAAGGCAUCAACAAUUUGACUUACAUGUUAAAAGAAGAUGAAAUGUUCAAAGACUUUGCUACUUGCUCCCCUAGUGCCAGUAUAACAGAUGAGGAUUCAAAUGUGUGACCGUGUCGGCGUUGGACGCUUCUGCUUUCUGAUAGUCCUCAGAGUGCCACUGUUAGAUGCGAUGGAGACACCACAUCAUGUCAUUAAGGGUCGCUUUUGCUUCUGUUUGUUAGAAGUGAUAUUUUCCUGGGAGACAGUAAGAAGAGUUGCCUAUUCUAAAGUUGCCAUAAAAUCCAUACCAGUGCGGGAAAUAUGUAUAUUUUCCUCCUGUGUAUAUUUUUUCUCUUGUGUUGAAACUUGUGACAUGUUUCAAAGUAUCAUAUUUAAUAUGACUCUGCUGCUGUCAUGUUCCUUCACAGAGUUGUGCCAUAUCAUAUAUCUGUAUUUCUCUUACUCAGUGUUUUUU